AUGAAGGUGAAAAAGCCCCGUGGCAUUCGCCAUGACCGAGACUGUGGUCGCUGCAAAGACCGAGGGGUCAAAUGUGACUUGAACCGACCGCGAUGUCAAGCCUGUCUCCAGAGUGGAGAAGCAUGCAACUACCCGCACCGAGUUGUGUGGGUAGAUGACAAGAAAUCGAAAUCACCAAAAGGCACUUCAAACAUUCCCAGUGAAGAAUUACACAUUGAAGUUGCCGCCAAGUCAGAAUCGAUUGUCAAUCUAUACGGCUUCGUCGACCUCCUGGACACUUUCUGCCAACAACUUCAAUCCAGCAGCGGCGACAUCCCAGAAGAAGGAAUCCAACUGAUUUCACGUACGCUAAGCUUUGCCCGCUCGCGCAUUCAAGAUGCAAACAAUAAAGAAUCCCUCCAGUCGCAUCUAGUGGCCUUGACAAACCUGAGUCAAGUUAUCCAGUCCGCGCACCCUAUCGCGCUUUUUGGCAUCGCCACCUUCGCCAUGUUUGAAGUAUGCUGCGGAUCUUUUGGCAACUGGCAUUGCCAUCUCCAAGGCGCACGAUCACUACUAGAUCUACACUGCCAACACAAGAGCGAUCUGGACAACCUCUGUGAUGAAAUCGCCGGUCUAGCCGAUGUCCUCCCCUAUCUAGUGUGGUUCGAUGUUACAGGCGCCCUCGUCAGAGAAAGUCCAUUAAUUUUCGAAGACUGGCAUCGCGAGACCUUAUCUACCGGAUUCUUCGACUCUGUCGGAUGUCCACCGGAUACGUUUGAUCUAUUAGUUUAUCUUGCGAAACACCACGACGACGAUGGGAUAGGCACUUUAGACCUCAGUUCUCGGGCAAUGGCCCAAAUUCUACAGCUGAACGCGGGCGACUCGACGGACCGAAAUCUUGCUGCGACCGUGUAUAGAGGGGCCGCUGCAAUCAUGGCGUUCAGUCGUGCGGGAAUGACUACGGGCGGCGAUCCCUCCACAUCGACAUAUCAUUCAACCGUAGUCUCCUCCAUGGUAGAUCGGGCUUGUCAGGCUAUCGCGGACAUCCCUUCUACUUCGAGGUUCUACGUGCAUCUGGCUACCCCCGCAUACUUAACUGGGAUGAGUGCCUCGACAACACGACAGUGCGAGAUAAUCCGCAAUUACUGGAGGAACUGCCAGUCGUGUGAGUUCCCUCGUUAUCCGGACGCCGAGGCACAAUGCGAGAGGAGGUGGAGGAUAUUUGGUGUGGGGGUUAUCGUCGAUUAG